UUGGAGCUUUGCAGAGACAGGGGUCAUGUUAAUGUAUAAACCACAGGGAAGUUUAGGGCUGUAAGAUCCUGUGUGCAAAGCCUUUCUGAGCUGAACUGGUGGUUUCUCCCUGCCUGGUUACUCUACCCUCUGAGGAAGAUGCCUGGAACUAUCGAAAUCUUAAACGUGGAUAUGAAGCCUGGGGACACCCUGAAGGUGAAGGGCAAAAUACCUGCCGAUGCUGUUGGCUUCAGCGUCAAUCUUGGCUGCAGCUCCAGAGAUCUGGCAUUUCACUUCAAUCCCCGCUUCAAUGAGUCUGUCAUCGUCUGUAACUCCAAGUGCUCCGACGCCUGGCAGACGGAACAUCGUGACCGCCACCUCUCUUUCUUCAGGGGCUGCACUGUCAAGUUCUUCAUUGAAAUGCUGUCAGACAGAUUCCGUGUGAAACUGCCGGAUGGUUAUGAAGUGUACUUCCCCAACCGGCACGGCUACCGCAGGAUCAACUACAUAAGCAUUGCGGGAGGCUUAAAGAUGGUCUCCUUCAAGCUGUUCUGAUGGGCACUGCUUCCUAGUUCUAAUAAAAUCCCAAGCCAGUGGAA